AUGGACAUAACGAAAGGCAGUCUUGAUGAAAUCUCACGCCCGGCGUCCAGCGAGCGUUCUCGUCCAGGCAGCCGCGUUUCCAGUGUGUCUUUGCACGAUAGAGGAAGGGCCAGCCAUGCUGUCUCUUCAUUGGAAAUCCUAAGUCCCGAUGUCCCAGAAACGCAGGAAUGCAGGAGUGCAAACCUAAACCUCUCCUCGGAAAACUUCUCCUCAAACCCCUCUGAAGAUGUGCCCCACAGACUAUUGGAUGCAGGACCUUCUCAGCUCACCGCUGUGCAAGCAGAGGACGGUAAAGAGUCUCUACCUGGCAACUGCUCCCCUGAUCCUGCUACAGACUGCUCUAAUGCUGAUGGAUCUGAAGAGGAGAGCAAGGAUCCAGAGCUUGUGAAAGCCAUCAGUAAAAUGAAGAGGCUGGACAACCUUUUGGCUCAGAGGAUCUCUAAGGAAAAAGAAGUCAAGAGGAGAGGGAAGGAACUCCAUCAGAAACUAUGGCAAGAGUUACAGGAGAUGAAGUCCAUAGAGGCACCUGAACGUGCCGAUGAAGCUGAAAAUACGAGACUUUUUUUGGCCCUGGCCUCCAACAGUAAGUGCUUUGAAUAGGGAGAGUAUGAUGUGCUGUUUGGGACCCAGGUUCCAGAUGACCUGUAUGACAGUGAUGAGAAACACUGGAAGGAAGGUGAACCAGACAACAGUAAAACGGCAGAUUCCUCCAAAGUGGGUCACGGGGAGAGGAUGGCGGAGCAGUCAGAAGGCAGACAAAGUGGAGUCGACAGAGGCAAGAAGAAACAAGACUUUGUGAAGAAAAACAUAGAGCUGGCAAGGGACGCUGGGAGCCAAGUUGUCAUGACGGCGGCAGAGAAGGCGCGGCUAGCGGAAAUCCUUUGGGAUGUGGAUGAUGGGGACGAGGAGCCGGCCGAUGAAGAGGUAGCCCCCUCUCUUAGGGCUGUGUCUGUGCCAGCAGGGGAGGGCUAUACCCCUGAACCUGCAGAACUACACCAGCUCCGUCACAUCGACUCCAGACUCCAACUCCUUCUUCCCGAAGAGGACUUCCUGUCUGUGUGCAGCAGCUACUCUGACUUCAGCCUGCCUGAGGGCCCGAGGCCCGGCCGGGACGGCAGAGGGGACCGGCUGCCAGGAGAGAAGGUCCUCCAGGACAUGCAGGAGACUCGAGAGCAGCAGGCGCGUCUGAGAGAGAUCGACCAGCAGCUGGAGCGGGACCAGGGCGUCAUCAUUUGGGAGGACUGUUCCCCUACCCGAGCAGAUUUCACUCUUUCAUUUGUGUGCCAUUUCAUCCUGCUGGUGACCCCCACGCGGGGCUCCUCCGUGCCGCUCGCUGCAGUACCUCCUCGAAUUCCUGUGCCUCCAGGCUCCCUGGAAACCAUUCAGUGCCGUCUCGUUGCGCGGGGGCCUCCGUGA